UCCUAAAUGCUCUGUAAAUCAGAUUUUCGAUCUGCAAUCGUCAGUUUCUGCACUCAGAAUGUGCAUGUGAUUGAUAGAACGAGUUACUUUUAACAUUAACAGAGACUGUUGAUAAAGGAUCUUUGUUAAUAACGGCAAGAUAGUUGCACUAGUACGACGUCUUGGCAGGUAUUGAUACAGGGAACAAGAAGAGGAGUAAUAAAGUAGUAAAGUAAUUCUUCCAGUGUGUGUGUGUGUGUGUGUGUGUGUGUGUGUGUGUGUGUGUGUGUGUGUGUGUGUGUGUGUGUGUGUGUGUGUGUGUGUGUGUCCCCAAUAAGAACCAAUGCAAAGGGUUAAAAUGUACCACUAUAUCAAAUCUAACAAAACUCUUCAAAAAGGAAAUAAUGAAAAAGUAUUAUUUGAACUGUAUUACCUAAGGAUCCUGAGGAUCUCAUUUGUUCGUUUUUAUUUUAUUUCUUGCUUUUUAUCGGUCAUUCUUUUGUUUUUUAUUAUCAUCUAUUAACAUGUUAAAUAAAAAAAGAAUAAGAAAAAUACGGGGAGAGGUUACCUUUUACACAGCCCGAGAUGAAGCCUCGAACGUCACACGCUACGUAAUUUCGCCUACGUGAAGCCUGCUCGAUAGGGAGCUUCGCUGGGGGGAGGAGCCGAGGUACUCGACACACGCCCCGAUGCCUCGACGCAUACCAUAACAUCACUACAUAUAGGAAGUUUCACCGACGACUGCUUCCUCAACUUGGUCCAAUACAAAGCUGGACUUGCGGAACGUCUGGAAAUGGAGUCCGGAUUAGUACCAACACUCCUCGGCUCAGCGACAAAUCUCGGACAAAUCGAUGACCUCCGUUACAGCUCGCAACUUACGGUCUGAAAUGUAUCCCCGGAUGCACCAGAAUGUUAUACAUCGAUCUGGUACGAGUUCACAGGCCAGCCCAUCAAUUGGUAACUUUCAGGUGUUUCUCUCAAGGGAUGUUGCCUGCCAUACAGACCACCUGGAAACACAUACUGUAGCCACACGGCUAUCCUUAAAGACUUUCCGGCCCCACUUCACAAGUAAAGAAGACUGCGAUGCCUUUGGAGACCGUAGCACGCAGCGCGGCGCCACCUCUGAGAGUCUGGGUGUGGACGCCCCUGGCUCCUCCCACAUGUCCAGUCACGGUGGGGAGCUGAAGAUCCUGAGCGUCUACGGUAAAGGGGAGGGCCCACUGGCGGUGGGCGGCCAUGACACCCUCUUCACCGCGUCAGAAGUGGAGGCCCUGAACUCGCUGUCUGCGGACCACAGCGCGGCCAAGAGCCUGGAGCGCGGCGAGCGGCUGGUCUGCCACGAGGAGCUGAGUGUGCAGGUUGGAAAUCAUCUUCUUAUUCAGCAUCCAAAUGAGAGGCUUCCUCUGUUACAACUCCAGCACACACCCCUAGAAAGCACACCCCUUUAUGAUUCAGUAAACGCUGCCAAAUAUGCCCGUCUUAUGCCCACCUUUUUUUUUUCAAUUUACACAUAUUGGCGCUUUUCAUUUAGAUGUAAAUGUGAUUAGACAGCUUUGCGGUUCCAGGGAAGGGACUUGGGUAGAGGUGUUGCUGCACUGUCUCUACAACAGAGACAACGCAGUGAUUUCAACAUGAGUAGUUAUAACUGGAGGGGUACUGAUAUCUGCAAGCUGCUGACCGUCAUGGGAGGGAAGGUGAUGCAGUCGCAUUUAACGAAGACGGGGAGAGAGUGCGAUCUAAGAGAAAAUACCAGAAGAACUUUCCUUACGAUGCUUGGUCAGCAAAGUGGUCAGCCAAAUAAAGAAUAUGUUGUUGAUAUUGCGCUU